GAAGGAGCUGGCCGGGCCCAGGGCUGACGGUGGCUGCCGCCGCCUGCUCGCUGCUCCGGGAGGCGGAGGCGGGCUGCGCCGCGGCGGCCGGGGCUGGCAGGGGCGGACUCCAGCGCCGGCCUUGCCCGCUCCCGGAAGGAUAGCUCGUUCAGCAGUGGUUUGUGUGGAAGUAAGUUUGCUUGCCAGGCACAUGCUCAAAACAGCUGUGAAUUCCUUUGGACAAUUGAUGACGUUUCGACUGUACCUAAUUUCUACAAAUAAAUGAUGGGUGGAUUAUUUUCGAGAUGGAGGACAAAACCUUCAACUGUAGAAGUUCUGGAAAAUAUAGAUAAGGAAAUUCAAGCAUUGGAAGAAUUUAGAGAAAAAAAUCAGAGAUUACAAAAAUUAUGGGUUGGAAGAUUUCUUCUCUACUCGUUAGUACUGUAUCUGCUCACACUUUCAAUUGUGUGGCUGUGGUAUUUUCCUGAUGAAUUUACAGCAAGACUUGUUAUGACACUCCCAUUUUUUGCUUUUCCAUUCAUCGUCUUGAGCAUAAGGACAGUGCUUAUUUUCUUCUUUUCCAAGAGGACAGAAAAAAACAAUGAAGCAUUGGAUGAUUUAAAAUCCCAGAAGAAAAAAAUACUUGAAGAAGUCAUGGAAAAAGAAACUUAUAAGACAGCCAAAUUAAUUCUUGAAAGGUUUGAUCCUGAUUCAAAGAAAGCAAAGGAGUUUGAGCCACCAUCUGCUGGAGCAGCUGUAACUGCCAGACCUGGACAAGAGAUUCGUCAGCGAACUGCCGCUCAAAGAAACCUUUCUUCAUCACCUGCAAGCUUUAGCCAGGGCCCUCCUUCACAAGUUCCAGGAUCUCCUGUGCCACCAAAGGAUUCUUCAGCCCCUGGUGGACCACCAGAAAGAUGUGUUACUCCAGCCGUAUCAUCAAAUGUGUUACCAAGACGUCUUGGAUCCCCUGCUACUUCAGUGCCUGGAAUGGGUCUUCAUCCUCCAGGUCCACCUUUAGCAAGACCUAUUCUUCCCCGAGAAAGAGGCGCUGUGGAUAGAAUUGUGGAGUAUUUAGUCGGCGAUGGUCCGCAGAACAGGUAUGCCCUUAUAUGUCAGCAAUGCUUUUCUCAUAAUGGCAUGGCAUUGAAGGAAGAAUUUGAAUACAUUGCUUUUCGGUGUGCCUAUUGUUUUUUCUUGAAUCCUGCAAGAAAAACCAGACCCCAGGCUCCAAGACUUCCAGAAUUUAGUUUUGAGAAGAGACAAGUUGUAGAAUGCUCAAGUUCAGUGGACUUAACCUCAGAAACUGUGGUUUCAUCAGAGAACCAAGUCAGUGAAGAAUCUUUAGAAGAGCCAGAUAUUCUUGACAACAGUACAGAUGAGACAGAUGACAAAAUGCUAGAAAAAGAGCAGACAGACCAAGCGCUUGACAAAGCAUCUGUCACAGAAGAAGAACCAGAGAAGAAGCAAGAGGCUGAGAGUGAAGAAACCUCAAUCAGUGAAGCCAAUUCAACAGAUUCUGGAGCUGAUGCUCUUCCUAACCCUGAUCUGAGUGCGGAGUCUCUGCUGACCAUGUAGUAAAUGCUGCCAUGUGCCUUCAGCUGGGUAUUUGCAGUCUUGUUGAUGUCGGUUCUUUCUUUCUUAGGUGAUGCUUUCUACCCCCACCCCCAGAUAACUUCUUGAUAGCAUUUGAAUUCACAUUGCUCGCCUACUCCAAUAUGUCACAGGUCUAGCUUCUGGGAACUGAAAUAAAAAACAAAUGAUAUCAGUAAAGUUCCCUUGAAUGUACAAAGAUCUAGACUGGUUAAGACAAAUUUUGGAUUUCUUCCCAUUCUGUACAUAAGCAAGCAUGAGAACUUAUUUUCUGUAUAGGUGAUUUUUAAAUAUUAACCAUUUUGGCAGAGGAGGAACUCUAGUUAAGAAUAAGUUCGAAUAGUGAUUUUUUUUUGAGGAAUGAAUUAAUUUUUGAAUAUGUCUUUAUGAAAACUGGCUAGAAUUUUAACUCCCCAGCUGUUUGCCAGGAGUAGGAGGGAUGUGUAAACAUUUACAUUAAGUGAUAUGAAACAUCACUGCAAUCACAUAGGAAUUGGUACGAAUUUUCAGUAAGAAUAUAAUUCAACAGUCAAGUGCAGUGUUUUGUUUGUUUUUUAAGAAGUCUCUUAUUUUGCAGCUGGGCCAAAGGCACAUGAUGUCUGUGAUUUGCUUAUGUUUACAUAUUAACAUAUAGGAACCAUCUCUGCACUUGACUGUACUUGAAUUCUGAGCAUUAUUUAUAUUUGUAGAAUAAUGACGAUAUAUAAGUGAAUAUUGUGCUAUUGUGUGUAUUUUGUUAAGGAAAAUAAAGAUGAUCUGGCAGCAGUUUCUUUUUGUUAACUGUUCAGGCUUCUUCAAACAGUAUUUUGGUGUAUUGCUUAUAUUACCUUAGAAGACUCUUAGUAGGAUGAGCUCAUGAUAAGAGAAUAUUUUAUGAUGCUUUUAUUCAGACUUGCUACCUUUCAAAUUCAGGGAAAUAGUUAAGUUUAGAGAUUCUGAUCAGUAGAUUUUUCUGAUUUAGAAACACUUGAGGGCAUUUGUAAUUUUGAAAGACAAAUACAGUUUAUGAAGAUAGGUAGUUAUUGAUAGUUCCUUAGAUUUAAUACUUACCCAGAGGGUUAACAGGAAGAAAUUUUGACCUGUGAUAGUGAUUCUUGGCCUCAAUGGUGUGGUUAUCUUUUCUGACUUCCAUUUCUCUCUCCUCUCCCUUAUUGAAAAUAACAUUGAAAUCAAGUUAAGCCAAAUGGGGAAAUAUAUAGGAAUGGUACGUGACAAAUACUUCCAAGAUGUAAACAGCAUAUUAAAAAUUAAAUAAAGUAAUAUUUAUUAUUAAAAUUCA